AUGCUGUCGUUGUUCUCCUCCUUCUCCGCCUCCUCGUCCUCCGACGAGGAGACCGGCCGGGCGCAGCCGAGGCGCCCGUCGUCGGGAAGCUACCGGCGCCAGUCUGCCGAGGAGCCUGUGGUGUGCCGCUCCGCGAGCUCGUUGGUGGCCGUGAUGGUUCAGGUGCUCGCCCACCGGGUGAGCUACGUGUGGGUGCUCGACGAGGACGAUGACUGCCGCCGUCUCACCGGGAUAGCCAUGUUCGCGGACGACGAGGAGGACGACGACGAGACCCGCGUCUCCCCCGACCCUACCACCCCGGACUGCUACCCCAGCGUCCUCGCCACAGACCGCUCCGGCCUCCUCCUCCUCACCGCAACCCAGGGGCGCGUCGCUGACGGCCCGCUCAGGUUCGAGUCUCCCGACCGUAGCCUCAUCUUGCACCGGGAGUUCAUCGAGGGGUACUUCAUCUGCGACACGCGCGCCGCCACCGCCUUCCGCCUCCCCGACCCAGACCCUGCGGGGCCCACCAUGCACCCGGGCAACGUCGGCCUCAUCGCCAGCCCUGCCGGCGACGGCUACAUGGUCGCCGAGCUCCAACCAAUACUCUGGAGCGACCGCGCCACCCUCCUCUGCUUCUGCUCGGGCACCGCCGCCUGGGCCGAGAAGAGGCUCCACUACCCUCUGUCGGGCCGGCCGCGGGUCAGCUCGGGCGUUUUCUCCAACGACGGGGAGCUCUGGGUCGACAUCACCUGGGGCAUCCUCAACUGCAACCCCUUCGCCGACGAACCGGUGCUGCCCUUUUUCCCGCUUCCGGCGGGCAAGGAACUGUCUUUCCAGCCAGACGGGGCAGACGAGCUAGAAAUGUGCCGUUGCGUGAAGGUCAGCGCCGGCAAGCUGCGGUUCGUGGAGAUGACUGCCGGACACAACCCCCGCCGCCCUCCGAGGUUCACCAUGUGGACGCUCUCGCAGAACAAUCCAGUGGACCCGUGGACGACGGAGUACACGGUCGGCGUGGACACCAUCUGGGCGGCCGAGAGCUACACGGCGGCCGCUGCCCUCCCUCGCGGCCAACGAACCCCGACAUGGUCUACUUCUUUCUGGACGCGCACAUCUUCGGCGUCGACAUGCGGGCGACCAGGGUUGUGGAGUGCGACGUCCACGGGGUGGUGCAGCCGCCCAGCGAGCUUCUCUCCUCGGGCUUCGUCCCUGAAAAUACAUAUGAUGAUCAGGUCAGCUGAUGGCAUUACGAACUUCUGGCUUACGCCUGGGUGCUGCUGCUUUCAGUAAUCAUUUUGUUUUUUUAAAGCAAAGCAAUCAAUUCGAGUGUAACUCUUGACUAUGAGACGGUGCUGCUACAUACUGCUUCGCAGCAACUGCGCAUUAGUUUCAGAAGCAGGUUGCUCAGCAAUCCGAUCCAUGAAUGAUCCUUUUGGAAGAGCUUGAUGUGGGAAAAAUA